AAGUAGAAAAACAAGAGAAAGGGCCACUGGCUGACCAUCCGCUCUGGAGACCGUGUGGUAGGCUAGCCCUCCAACCUGGGCAUUCUCUCUCCUCGCCAAACCUUUGUUGUUAAUCUUGAGGGAUUUGGGGUGAAAGAAGACAAGGGUCGGACAUACCUUUCAUGACAGGCGGACAGUUUUGGCAGCUUUUUUGUCCAGCUGAAAGUGGUAUUUUUGUAAGGAUACUGAGAGGGCAUGUGAGGAAAGAGAUUUUCCCAGAAUACAGCUGAGCAGGCUUAAGCCCUGGGGACAACCUAGAUACGGACAAAGGGAAAGCCAACCACUAUCAGAAGUGGUUGAAGCCACCCCUUCUGACGAACCAUGGGGGACAAGUCUGGGAGCAAAGUAGCUGCUGCAAAGAACCAGAUCCAUCUCCGGGUAGUGAAGGGGCUGGAGGAUGUGGAUGUGUGUGAGAGGGAGGGCUGCACGUUCGAGGUGACCCUCAACCUGUCCUACAUAGCGGGCACGUGGACUAAGGACGGGGUCAGGCUACAAGCCAAGCCCACCUGUCACAUCGCUGCCCAUAAGAAUAAACACACUCUCACCUUCACCCGGGUCACCGUAGGAGACACUGGCCUGUUCUCCUUCCAGACUGACGGGAGCCAAAACUGGAUCCAAACCUCAGGCCAACUCACUGUCAUAGCCAGAGACAUACAGAUUGUGAAGGAGUUGGAAGACGAGGAAGUGACUGAGAGGCAGAGCGUGACCUUCCUGUGCGAGGUCAACUGUGAGGACGUGGACGGGCGUUGGUACACCGACAACACCAGGAUCAAACACGGAGACAACGUCAAGAUCAGGCACGAGGGUAAAACUCACACCAUGUGCUUCAAGUCUGUAAGGCCAGCAAAUGCUGGGGAGAUCAAAUUCACUGCAGACAGGGUCUCCUGCUAUGCAACUCUCACGGUAAAAGAGCUGCCUGUGCAGAUAGUGAAGCCUCUGAGAGUGAAGAUUGCUAUGUACAAACACAAAGGACUGCUGGAGUGCCAGGUGUCCAGGGCCAACGCCCUGGUCAGGUGGUUCAAGAACAGGAGUGAGAUCCAACCCAGCAAGAAGCACCAGAUUGUUAGCGAUGAUGUCUACAGGCAGCUGCACAUUGAUGACGUGGCCUCGUCAGACGAGGACACCUACACCUGUGAUGCUGGCGAUGACAAGACCUCAUGCCAACUACUAGUGGAGGAGCAGGCGAUCAGCAUAGUGCAGGGGCUGAGGUCUGUGGAGGUGACCGAGCCCAGGGAGGCCAUGUUCCAGGUGGAGACCAGCCUGAGGGUAGGGAGGCCCCCAAAGUGGACCCUGGACGGAGAGGUCCUGAUGGACGGGCCUGAACUGAGCAUAGUCCGGCAGGGCACAGUACACACCCUCUGCUUCAUCAGCACGGACAGCUCUAUGACCGGCCCUGUGCAGUUCAACGCCGGGAAGAGUCGCUCCACCGCACAGCUCACCGUGAAGGAACGCCCUCUGAAAGUGGUCCAGCCCAUGCCAGACGUGGAGGCUAAAGAGAACAGCUCGGUCACACUGAGGUGUCAGUUUGCCCCCUCCCCCAGGGUGGUGCGCUGGUACAGGGGCCGCACUGCCCUGCAGACAUCCAGCAAGUACAGCAUGAGGACGGAGAAGAACCAGGUAGAGCUGACCAUCCAGGGCCUCAAGGAGACCGACACUGGCCAGUACAGCUGCAUGGCUGGAGGGUCAAAGAGCACAGCCAAGGUUGAUGUGCGAAGGCUGAAGAUCGUAAGGCACCUGGAGCACGUGAAGGUGGAAGAGGAUAGCAACGCCACAUUCACAUGUGAACUCAACUAUGUAGUAGCCAAUGUGCAGUGGCUUCUGAACGACAACCACCUCAACACCAACACUGUUACCAGGAUUCAGAACAUGGGCACCAUUCACAGCCUCACCAUCAAAAAUCUCCGCCCACAGGAGAGCAGGGUGACCUUCAAGGCUGGCCUUCUCACAGAGUCCACCUCCCUCAAGGUCAAAGAAAAGCCAGCAGUGUUCCUCAGGUCUCUAGAAGACAUGUCAGGGGAGGAGGAGGGGAAGGUGUGUCUGCAGUGUGAGACCUCUAAGGAAAUGGCCACACCCGUCUGGAGGAAGGAUGGUUCGGUCCUGGACAGCAGUGACAAAUAUGAGCUGCUCAUGUUUGGGAAGUCCUUAACGCUCAUCAUCCAUAGUCUGAGUAAGGAUGAUGCAGGCCACUACAGCUGUGACUUGGGCACCAGCCAGACCAAGGCCAAGGUCACUGUACAUGACAUUCACAUCACCAUCGCCCAGCGUAUGAAGACCGUCUCUGUUCUGGAGGGCGAGAGCUGCAGUUUCGAGUGCAUCCUCUCUCACGAUGUCAUCGACGAGCCCUCCUGGACCCUGAACGGUCAACUUGUGAUCAGCAACAGCCGCAUCCAGAUCGUAAACAAGGGUCGCAAAUACAAGAUGACCAUCAGAGACGCAACUGUGACUGAAGCCGGGGAAGUAAUCUUCUUCGUCAAAGACCUCAGCUGCAGGACCAUGCUGUUUGUCAAAGAGAAGCCAGUGCAUGUGUUCAGGGACAUGAUGAGCGUUAAAGCCACCCCAGGGGAGAACGCUGAGCUGAGCUGUGAGAUCACCAAGCCUGAGGCCUUCAUCCGCUGGCUGAAGAAUGGCCAUCAGAUCAGGCACAGCCCCCCCAAGUACGAGAUCAGUGUGGAGGACCACCUGGUACGGCUGGUUAUCACGAACACCUGCAUCAGAGACUCUGGGGAGUACUGCUGCGAGGCUGACGGCAUUGCCACCCGGGCCAAGCUGGAGGUCAGAGAGCUGCAGCACACAUUUGCUCGGGAGCUGCGGGACACACAGGCCGAGGAGAAGAGCAAGGUGAUGCUGGAGUGCGAGACGAGACUGCCGGCCAAGCGGGUGACCUGGCUGAAGGGCAUGGCAGAGCUCCGGGCGGGCAGGAAGUAUGUGAUGAAGCAGAAGGGCGUGGUCCUCUACCUCACCAUCAGCUGCCUGGAGAAGGUUGACACCGACGUGUACACCUGCGAUGUUGGCACCAUGCAGAGCCGGGCGCUACUGACCGUGCAUGGUCAGAAGGUGUUGAUCAUGGACGAGCUGGAGGAUGUUGAGUGUCUGGAGAAUGACACAGUGAUGUUCAGGUGUCGUAUCUGUCCCAGCGAUUAUGUUGGGGUCAAGUGGUACCUGGAUGAGACCUUACUGUACACCAAUGAGCUGAAUGAGAUCCAAGAGAUCCCGGGGGGCUACCACAGCCUCACGUUCAAACAACUGGCUCGUAAAGACUCGGGCACCAUCUCCUUUGAGGCAGGCGACAAGAGGUCCUACGCCUCGCUGCUUGUUAGAGAGAGACGUCCCACCAUCACCAAAGCAUUGGAGGACUGUGAGGCCAUUGAGGGAGGCGGUUUGGUGCUGGUGUGUAUCACCUCUAAGCCAUGCCACAUCCUGUGGUACAAAGAUGGCUGCCUAAUGUGGAUUUCCUCGAGGUACCACGUCAGUCGCUCAGGUAACGAGGCCAGGCUGACCAUCAGGGAGGUCAGUAACAGCGAUGCUGGGGUGUACGAGUGCAGCGCUGGGUCGGUCAGCACCAAGGCCGUCGUCACUGUAAAAGCCAUUCCAGCUGAGUUCACCCAGCCGCUGCAGAGCAUGGAGGUAAAGGAGGGGGAGGAUGUGACCCUUUCCUGUGAGUUCUCCCUGCCGGGGGUUGCGUUCCACUGGAGGAGGGGCUUGGAGACCCUCAGAGCUGGAGAGCGGUACCUGAUGAAGCAGAAGAGGUCCUUCAUCUCUUUGACCAUCACUGGCCCGAAGCCUCAGGACUCAGGAGAUUACACCUGUCAGUGCCGAGACCACAGAACCACAGCCAGCCUCACAGUCCACGCCAUCCCCAUCUCCUUCACACAACAGUUGAAAAAUGUUCAGGCCGAGGAGGGCAACAGUUUAACGUUGCGCUGUGAGCUUUCUAAACCAGGAGUCCCUGUGGAGUGGAGGAAAGGGGAGGAGCUGUUAAAGAAUGGGGUGAAGUUUCAGAUAAGGAAGAGAGAGACCAUAUCAGAGGUUCAGAUAUGGAAAACUGUGCCUGAAGACAGUGGAGUCUACAGCUGUGAGUGUGCAGACCAAAAGACCACAGCCACCGUCAAAAUCAGCGCCCUGCCUGUUACCUUCAAACAAAAGCUGAGGAACGUGCAUGUUGAAGAGGGGAACAAUUUGGUGUUACACUGUGAGCUCUCCAAACCAGGAGUCCCUGUAGAAUGGAUGAGGGGAGGAGAGGAGCUGCUGAACAACGGAGAGCGGUUUCAGAUAAGACAGAGAGAGUUGCUGAAUGAACUGAAGAUAAUAGAUGCCAAACCUGAAGACAGCAAUAUCUACACCUGUGUUUGUGGCAAUGUGGAAACCACAGCCGGUGUUACAGUCACAGCAAUUCCCAUCACUUUCAAGCAAAAGCUGAGGAACCUGCAGACUGAGGAAGGGAACACCAUCUCGCUGCACUGUGAGCUGUCUAAAGCAGGGGUGCCAGUGGAGUGGAGAUUGGGAGGAGAGAGGAUACUGCAGAAUGGAGACAAAUACCAGAUCAAGCAGACAGACUCAGCACUGGAACUCCUCAUCAGGGAGGCUCUGCCAGAGGACAGUGGAGUCUACAGCUGUGUGUGUCGAGACAAGAAGACCAAGGCCACUGUCAAAGUCAUUGCUGUACCUGCCACCUUCAAAGUGGGUCUGAAGAACCAGGAGGCCCCAGAGGACGGCAGCAUAACCCUGCACUGUGAGCUGUCUAAGGCUGGGGUCUCAGUGGAGUGGUGGAGGGGGGAGACAGAACUGUCCCAAGACCUGUCUGGAGGAAAGUACCAGAUGAAACUGGAGGGGAAAAUAGCUGAGAUGACCAUUACCAAUGUGCAACCGGAGGACAGAGGGAAGUACAGCUGUGUCACUGGAGACCAGAAGACCACCGCUGAAGUUAAAGUGCAGGCUCUCCCUGUAAUGUUCACACAAGAGGUCCAGAACGUGGUGAUCAAAGAGGGGGACAGUGGGGAGUUCUGGUGUGAGCUCUCCAAGCCUGGUGACCCAGUGGACUGGAGGAGGGGCAGAGUCAUCCUGAAGUCUGGAGACAAAUAUGAGAUGAGGCAGGAGGGACGCAUCACUAAACUGCUCAUCCAUAACGUGGAGGAGAGGGAUGCUGGGAAAUACACCUGUAAGAGUCGAGAUGCCAAGUCAACUGCUGAACUGACCGUAACAGGCCCACCCCCCACUUUCAAAGAACAGCUGAGGAACGUGGAAGUUGAGGAGGGUAAGACUGUGACGCUACACUGUGAACUGUCUAAAGCAGCAGCCUCAGUUGAGUGGAAGAGGGGAGCAAAGCUGUUGACGAAUGUAGCCAAGUACCAGAUGAGGAAGAAAGAUUUACUGGUGGAAUUGAAGAUUAUCGACGCAGAUCUGGAGGACAGUGGGGUUUACGCCUGUAUUUGUGGCGAACAAAAGACCACAGCAACUGUUACAAUAAAGGCUCGCCCGGUCACAUUUAUAGAAGAGUUGAGGAACGUUCAGGUUGAGGAGGGCAACACUGUGACGUUGCGCUGCGAGCUCUCCAAACCAGGGUUGUCGGUUGAAUGGAGGAGAGGAACAGCUCUUCUGCAGAACGGAGAGAAGUACCAGAUGAAGCAGAAAGAUGCAACGUUGGAGCUGGUCAUCAGGAAAACCUUGCCCGAGGACAGUGGUGUCUACAGCUGCGUGUUGGAAGACCAGCAAACCUUCGCCACCAUCAUUAUCACUGCCAUCCCAGCCACUUUCAAACAGACGUUGAAAAACCAAGAGGCUCUAGAAGAGGGCAGCGUGACGUUGCGCUGUGAGCUGUCUAAAUCGGGGGUCCCUGUGGUGUGGCUGAAGGGACAGGAGCUGCUGAGGGAAGGUGAGCGGCACCAGAUGAAGCAGGAGGGCAGGACCGUGGAGAUGGUCAUCAGGAAUGCGGUCCUUCAGGAUGCUGGGGAGUACAGCUGUGUCACAGCCUGCAACGUCAAGACGACAGCUGAUAUCAAAGUUAGGGCUCUCCCUGUAAUGUUCACACAAGAGGUCCAGAACGUGGUGAUCAAAGAGGGGGACAGUGGGGAGUUCUGGUGUGAGCUCUCCAAGCCUGGUGACCCAGUGGACUGGAGGAGGGGCAGAGUCAUCCUGAAGUCUGGAGACAAAUAUGAGAUGAGGCAGGAGGGACGCAUCACUAAACUGCUCAUCCAUAACGUGGAGGAGAGGGAUGCUGGGAAAUACACCUGUAAGAGUCGAGAUGCCCAGUCAACUGCUGAACUGACCGUGACGGCUCCUCCCGUCACGUUCAAGGUGAAGUUGAAGAACCAGGAAGUCGAGGAGGAGAACAGUGCGACGUUAUUCUGCGAGCUCUCUAAACCAGGGCUGACGGCAGAGUGGAGAAAAGGAGAGGAGCUGCUGAAGAACGGAAUAAAGUACCAGAUAAAGAAGAGAGAGGCAGCGAUGGAACUGACAAUAAGGAAUGCAGUGCUCGAGGACACCGGAUUCUACAGCUGUGUUUACGCAGAAGCCAAAACCACCGCCACUGUCAACAUCACCCCCAUUCCUGUCACCUUCAAGAUGGGUCUUAAAAACCAGGAGGCCUCAGAGGGGGGCAUCGUGACCUUGCGCUGUGAGCUGUCUAAAGCUGGGGUCCCGGUGGAGUGGUGGAAAGGGGAGGAGGAGGUGAACCCUGGAGGAAGGUACCAGAUGAAGCUGGAGGGAAAGAUAGCAGAGUUGCACAUUAAAAACAUCCAGCCAGAGGACGUGGGGGAGUACAGCUGUAUAUUCGGAGAUCAGAAAACCACUGCUGAAGUCAACGUGAGAGCUGCUGCCUCAGUGUUCUUUGAGAAGGAGCUGGAGAGCAAUGUGGUGAUGGAGGGGAAGUCCGUGGUCCUCUCCUGUGAGGUAUCCAGUGCCACUGUCCCGGUCACCUGGAAGAAGGACGCCCGCCUGGUCACAGAUGGGGAGAGGUUCAUUGUAAAAAAGAAAGGUCCCGUUCACACCCUGGAGAUCGAGAAGCUGAGUCUGGAGGACGCCGGGGAGUACAGCUGCAUCACUAGGGGAAAGAAGACCACAGCCAUGCUGGUUGUGAAAGAGCGUGUGAAAAUAUUGUCCGGACUGAAGGACAUGAAAGUCUCAGCCGGGCAGGACGCAGUGUUUGUGUGUGAGCUGUCCCACGCCGAGGUGAGUGAAGGUGAGUGGUGGCUGGGCUCCAGCCCACUGCAGAAGAACGAAAUGAACCAGAUGAGCUUUGAGGGCCACCAACACUGCCUGGUCUUGACCAUGACCACCCCGGAGGAGACCGGGACCGUGGCCUUCGUGGUUGGGGAGGAGAGAACCUCUGCCCAACUGCUAGUUGUCCCCAAACCCAAAGUACACAUUGAGAAGAAACCCCAGGACAUUGACAUCAUGGAAGGGGAAACAGCCACCUUAUCCUGUACGACCUCUGACCUCAUUACCCCUGUCACAUGGAGAAGGAACAACAUGCCCCUCCUGAACGGAGACAAGUAUGAGACGCGUAAGAAGGGCAAGCUCAACCUCCUGCUCAUCCAUGAGACUGAACCAGAGGACUCUGGGAUAUACUCUUGUGACACUGGAGACAUGCAGAGCGAUGCCAAUCUGACGGUCAAUGAGCUACCACCGUACUUCGAGGAGGAGCUGCAGGCUGUGGAGGCUGAGGAAGGGGGCACAGCCUUUCUGUUUUGUGAGCUGUCUAAGCCCGGAGUCCCAGUCCAGUGGAGGAAAGGCCGGCUGCCUCUCAGGCCCAACAGGAAGUACCAGAUGAAGCAGGACGGCUGCGUGUUUCAGCUACACAUCCUGGAGCUGAAGUCCGAGGACAGUGGCAACUACUCGUGCCAGGCAGGCUGUGUGGAGACCACCGCCUCUGUGUCUGUGAAAGUUAAAGUACUCAUUGAGAAGAAGCCCCGGGACACCGUCGUCAUGGAAGGGGAGACGGCGACCUUAUCCUGUAGGACGUCUGACCUAACUACCCCUGUCACAUGGAGACGCAACAACAUGCCCCUACUUAACAGAGACAAGUAUGAGAACCGUAAGGAGGGCAAGCUCAACCUGCUUCUCAUCCACAAUGUGGACCCAGAUGACUCUGGCAUAUACUCCUGUGAUACUGGAGACAUGCAGAGCAGCGCCAAUCUGACUAUCACAGAGCUGGCUCCAUGCUUUGAAGAAGAGCUGCAGGCUGUGGAGGCUGAGGAAGGGGGCACGGCCUUCCUUUCAUGUGAGCUGUCUAAGCCCGGAGUCCCAGUCCAGUGGAGUAAGGGCCGGCUGCCUCUCAGGCCCAACAGGAAGUACCAAAUGAAGCAGGACGGCUGCGUGUUUCAGCUACACAUCCUGGAGCUGAAGUCCGAGGACAGUGGCAACUACUCGUGCCAGGCAGGCUGUGUGGAGACCACCGCCUCUGUGUCUGUGAAAGUUAAAGUACUCAUUGAGAAGAAGCCCCGGGACACCGUCGUCAUGGAAGGGGAGACGGCGACCUUAUCCUGUACGACGUCUGACCUCACUACCCCUGUCACAUGGAGACGCAACAACAUGCCCCUACUUAACAGAGACAAGUAUGAGAACCGUAAGGAGGGCAAGCUCAACCUGCUUCUCAUCCACAAUGUGGGCCCAGAUGAUUCUGGGAUAUACUCCUGUGAUACUGGAGACAUGCAGAGCAGCGCCAAUCUGACUGUCACAGAGCUGGCUCCAUGCUUUGAAGAAGAGCUGCAGGCUGUGGAGGCUGAGGAAGGGGGCACGGCCUUCCUUUCAUGUGAGCUGUCUAAGCCCGGAGUCCCAGUCCAGUGGAGUAAGGGCCGGCUGCCUCUCAGGCCCAACAGGAAGUACCAAAUGAAGCAGGACGGCUGCGUGUUUCAGCUACACAUCCUGGAGCUGAAGUCCGAGGACAGUGGCAACUACUCGUGCCAGGCAGGCUGUGUGGAGACCACCGCCUCUGUGUCUGUGAAAGUUAAAGUACUCAUUGAGAAGAAGCCCCGGGACACCGUCGUCAUGGAAGGGGAGACGGCGACCUUAUCCUGUACGACGUCUGACCUCACUACCCCUGUCACAUGGAGACGCAACAACAUGCCCCUACUUAACAGAGACAAGUAUGAGAACCGUAAGGAGGGCAAGCUCAACCUGCUUCUCAUCCACAAUGUGGGCCCAGAUGAUUCUGGGAUAUACUCCUGUGAUACUGGAGACAUGCAGAGCAGCGCCAAUCUGACUGUCACAGAGCUGGCUCCAUGCUUUGAAGAAGAGCUGCAGGCUGUGGAGGCUGAGGAAGGGGGCACGGCCUUCCUUUCAUGUGAGCUGUCUAAGCCCGGAGUCCCAGUCCAGUGGAGUAAGGGCCGGCUGCCUCUCAGGCCCAACAGGAAGUACCAAAUGAAGCAGGACGGCUGCGUGUUUCAGCUACACAUCCUGGAGCUGAAGUCCGAGGACAGUGGCAACUACUCGUGCCAGGCAGGCUGUGUGGAGACCACCGCCUCUGUGUCUGUGAAAGUUAAAGUACUCAUUGAGAAGAAGCCCCGGGACACCGUCGUCAUGGAAGGGGAGACGGCGACCUUAUCCUGUACGACGUCUGACCUCACUACCCCUGUCACAUGGAGACGCAACAACAUGCCCCUACUUAACAGAGACAAGUAUGAGAACCGUAAGGAGGGCAAGCUCAACCUGCUUCUCAUCCACAAUGUGGGCCCAGAUGAUUCUGGGAUAUACUCCUGUGAUACUGGAGACAUGCAGAGCAGCGCCAAUCUGACUGUCACAGAGCUGGCUCCAUGCUUUGAAGAAGAGCUGCAGGCUGUGGAGGCUGAGGAAGGAGGCACGGCCUUCCUUUCCUGUGAGCUUUCUAAGCCUGGAGUCCCAGUCCAGUGGAGUAAGGGCCGGCUGCCUCUCAGGCCCAACAGGAAGUACCAGAUGAAACAGGACGGCUGCGUGUUUCAGCUACACAUCCUGGAGCUGAAGUCCGAUGACAGUGGCAGCUACUCGUGCCAGGCAGGCUGUGUGGAGACCACCGCCUCUGUGUCUGUGAAAGUUAAAGUACUGAUUGAGAAGAAGCUCCAUGAUACCGUCAUCAUGGAAGGAGAGACGGCGACCUUAUCCUGUACGACCUCUGACCUCACUACCCCUGUCACAUGGAGACGCAAUAACGUUCCCCUACUGAACGGAGACAAGUAUGAGAACCGUAAGGAGGGCAAGCUCAACCUCCUUCUCAUCCACAAUGUGGACCCAGAUGACUCUGGGAUAUACUCCUGUGAUACUGGAGACAUGCAGAGCAGCGCCAAUCUGACUGUCACAGAGCUGCCUCCAUACUUUGAGGAGGAGCUCCAGGCUGUGGAGGCUGAGGAAGGGGAAACAGCCUUCCUGUCCUGUGAGCUGUCUAAGCCUGGAGUCCCAGUCCAGUGGAGGAAGGGCCGGCUGCCUCUCCGGCCCAACAGGAAGUACCAGAUGAAGCAGGACGGCUGUGUGUUUCAGCUAUACAUCCUGGAGCUGAAGUCCGACGACAGUGGCAGCUACACGUGCCAGGCAGGCUGUGUGGAGACCACCGCCUCUGUGUCUGUGAAAGUUAAAGUACUCAUUGAGAAGAAGCCUCGGGACACCGUCAUCAUGGAAGGAGAGACGGCCACCUUAUCCUGUACGACCUCUGACCUCACUACCCCUGUCACAUGGAGACGCAACAACAUGCCCCUCCUAAACGGAGACAAGUAUGAGAACCGUAAGGAGGGCAAGCUCAACCUGCUUCUCAUCCACAAUGUGGACCCAGAUGACUCUGGGAUAUACUCUUGUGAUACUGGAGACAUGCAGAGCAGUGUCAAUCUGACUGUCACAGAGCUGCCUCCAUACUUUGAAGAAGAGCUGCAGGCUGUGGAGGUAGAGGAAGGGGGCACAGCCUCCCUGUCCUGUGAACUGUCUAAGCCUGGAGUCCCAGUCCAGUGGAGGAAGGGCCGGCUGCCUCUCAGGCCCAACAGGAAGUACCAGUUGAAGCAGGACGGCUGUGUAUUUCAGCUACACAUCCUGGAGCUGGAGCCCGAGGACAGUGGCAGCUACACGUGCCAGGCAGGUGGUGUGAAGACCACUGCCUCUGUGGCAGUAAAGCCUCUCCCAGCCAAGACAGAACCUCCCAAGACAAAGUCUCCCACGAAGGCUGCCUCUCCCACACCUCCACCAGGGCCAAAGAAACAGGGCAUGAUCUGGGCAUCCAUUGUGGGGUCAGAGAAAGACCUGGAGCCUGAGGCAGAGACAGUGGUGGACCUACAUGAGAAACAGUCAGUAAGGUCUAUAGGUAAGGAGACUAUGGUAGACCAGCAGGAGAAACAGCAAGUCAAACAGACAGUAAGAGCUCUGGUGGGGGACACAGAGGAAAAAAAGCCAUUGAAGUCUAUGGUUAAAGAGAUUGAAGUAGACCACAUGGUGAAACAGCCAGUGCCCCCAGUGAGACAAGCAUCUAUAAUGUCAGAUACUGGAAUAGACCAAGUGGUGAAACAACCAGUUCCACUAGUGAGACAAGCAUCUAUGUCAGAUACUGGGGUAGACGAGAUGAGGAAACAACCAGUUCCACCAGUGAGACAAGCAUCAGUAGUGUCAGAUGCUGGGAUAGAGCAAGUGGUGAAACAACCAGUUUCACCAGUGAGACGAGCAUCUAUAGCGUCGGAUGUUGGGGUAGAUGAGGUGAGGAAACAGCCAAUUCAACCAGUGAGACGAGCAUCUAUAGUGUCGGAUGUUGGGGUAGAUGAGGUGAGGAAACAGCCAAUUCCACCAGUGAGACGAGCAUCUAUAGUGUCGGAUGUUGGGGUAGAUGAGGUGAGGAAACAGCCAGUUCCACCAGUGAGACAAGCAUCUGUAGUGUCAGAUGCUGGGAUAGACCAAGUGGUGAAACAACCAGUUCCACCAGCGAGACGAGCAUCUGUAGUUUCCGUUUCAGAUACUGGGGUAGACGAGGUGAGGAAACAGCCAGUACAACCAGUCAGGCGAGCGUCUGUAGUGUCAGAUGCUGGGAUAGACCAAGUGGUGAAACAACCAGUUCCACCAGCGAGACGAGCGUCUGUAGUGUCAGAUGCUGGGAUAGACCAAGUGGUGAAACAACCAGUUCCACCAGCGAGACGAGCGUCUGUAGUGUCAGAUGCUGGGAUAGACCAAGUGGUGAAACAACCAGUUCCACCAGCGAGACGAGCGUCUGUAGUUUCAGUUUCGGAUACUGGGGUAGACGAGGUGAGGAAACAGCCAGUACAACCAGUCAGACGAGCGUCUGUAGUUUCAGCUUCGGAUACUGGGGUAGACGAGGUGAGGAAACAGCCAGUUCCACCAGCGAGACGAGCAUCUGUAGUUUCAGCUUCGGAUACUGGGGUAGACGAGGUGAGGAAACAGCCAGUUCCACCAGUCAGACGAGCGUCUGUAGUUUCAGUUUCGGAUACUGGGGUAGACGAGGUGAGGAAACAGCCAGUUCCACCAGUCAGACGAGCAUCUGUAGUUUCAGCUUCGGAUAGUGGGGUAGACGAGGUGAGGAAACAGCCAGUUCCACCAGUCAGACGAGCAUCUGUAGUUUCAGUUUCGGAUACUGGGGUAGACGAGGUGAGGAAACAGCCAGUUCCACCAGCGAGACGAGCGUCUGUAGUUUCAGUUUCGGGUACUGUGAUAGACGAGGUGAGGAAACAGCCAAUUCCACCAGUCAGACGAGCGUCUGUAGUUUCAGUUUCGGAUACUGGGGUAGAUGAGGUGAGGAAACAGCCAAUUCCACCAGUCAGACGAGCGUCUGUAGUUUCAGUUUCGGAUACUGGGGUAGAUGAGGUGAGGAAACAGCCAGUUCCACCAGUCAGACGAGCGUCUGUAGUUUCAGCUUCGGAUACUGGGGUAGACGAGGUGAGGAAACAGCCAGUUCCACCAGUCAGACGAGCGUCUGUAGUUUCAGCUUCGGAUACUGGGGUAGACGAGGUGAGGAAACAGCCAGUUCCACCAGUCAGACGAGCGUCUGUAGUUUCAGCUUCGGAUACUGGGGUAGACGAGGUGAGGAAACAGCCAGUUCCACCAGCGAGACGAGCGUCUGUAGUUUCAGUUUCGGGUACUGGGAUAGACGAGGUGAGGAAACAGCCAAUUCCACCAGUCAGACGAGCGUCUGUAGUUUCAGUUUCGGAUACUGGGAUAGAUGAGGUGAGGAAACAGCCAAUUCCACCAGUGAGACGAGCGUCUGUAGUUUCAGAUGCUGGGUUAGACGAGGUGAGGAAACAGCCAGUUCCACCAGUGAGACGAGCAUCUGUAGUGUCAGAUGCUGGGAUAGAGCAAGUGGUGAGGAAACAGCCAGUUCCACCAGUGAGACGAGCAUCUGUAGUGUCAGAUGCUGGGUUAGACGAGGUGAGGAAACAGCCAGUUCCACCAGUCAGACGAAUGUCUGUAGUGUCAGUUUCAGAUACUGGGUUAGAUGAGGUAAGAAAACAGCCAGUUCCACCAGCAAGACGAUCAUCUAUAGUGUCCGAUCAGAUAUUUAGAUCUAAAAAGAAGAUGGAUAUAGAAAUAGACCAUCAAGAUAAACAGCCAGUGAAGUCUAUGGUGAAGGAGACAGAGAUAGAACAGAGGGAUCAACAGCCAGUAAGGUCUACAGUGCAGGAGACUGAAAAACCCAAGAUGGUGGAGGAUGAUAACCAACUCCAUAUCUCAGAGGAGUCCUUCACAGAGGGCCACACCCAGGUAACAGUCAACCAGAAGACCAGCAAGCCUGUAGUCGCUGUUGCUGGAGUUCCCAAGGGGCUACAGAUGACUCAGCAAGUUGACGAGAUUGCACUUGACAGUGUCGAGGACGAACAUGAUAUGUUGGAAGCUGUCAUCAAGAUCCAGGCAGCUUUCAAGGGAUACAAGACCCGCAAAGACAUGCGGCCCAUCUUCAAGCAGGUGUUUAAGAACCAGAGUGCUGAGAACAAUGGUACCCUCGAGCUGGAGUGUAAGGUGGAAGGGAAGCUCAACACAGUACGCUGGCUGAAGAACAGCCAGGAGGUCAUAGGAGACCAACGCCACCGCAUGAACACCUCAGAGGAUGGCGUUUGCACACUGGUGAUCAUCAACAUGUCUGCCAUAGACACUGGGGUCUAUACCUGUGAGGUGGUGAACACGUUUGGUGUGUCCUCAUAUAAUGGUAACAUUACUGUGGGUGAAUCUCAAAUGCCUCCAUCUUCUACCCAGAGGCCCGCAGCCCCAUCCCAGCCCUCCACCCCUUCUGUGCAUCCAGUCUUGGCCUCCAUUGGCCCUCUCCAGCCAGUCCAGACCUCCACUCCUGGGAAGGAGACUGUGGAUUCUGUGGAUUCUGUGGAGUGCGAGGGGAUCUCCCUGUGGCAGACCUACAAUCUAACCAAGGAGGAUCCCCGCAUGACCCUGCAGGAGAGGAGGAGGGCCUCCCUUAUUGCCGCCAGCUCUAUGUCUAGUCCCUCUGACUACGAUACAGCUCCAGAUUUCAUAGAGCCUGCUGACAUAAUCCCCAAAUAUCACCCCAGGGAAAAGGAAGCCAUUAAGUCACAGGACCAGUUAUCCAAUAAGGAGGAUGAAGAACAGAAAGUCACGGCUCAACCACCCAGGCAUUUUAAGGCCAAAGUACCUGAUGCCAUGUUGAGGACUCCAUCCCCCAAACACUAUCAUGCCCACACACCUGCUGCUCUUACAGGCUCUGGCUCGGAGUCAGAUUGUGACGAGGAUAGAAUAGAGACAUUUGAUAUAUACGUGGCCAGAGCUAACUGCAGUCCUCAACAAGGUGGCAACAAGGAGAGCUUUGUGUUGAAGGAGGGUCAGUACGUGGAGGUCUUGGACUCUGUCCACCCGGAGAAGUGGCUGGUCCGCACCAAGCCCUCCAAGACCACCUCCUCACGCCAAGGAUGGGUCUCUCCUGCAUACCUGGAGAAAAAGAGAAAGGAGACAUUCCCACAAAUUAGGACACCACAUCAGGAGCUGGAUGUACCAGAGUCUACAGGGGAGAACUACAGGAGAACCCUAAGCCAAUUAAUCCAGGGGCUGAUUGAUGGGGAGCAAGAGUUUGUGAAGGAGAUGAAGGAAUUCAUGUCCCACCACCUGCACCACUUAGACACCAGCCCUCGUGUCCCUAUCAACAUCAUCAACCAGAAAGAAACCAUCUUCCGCAAUAUAAAGGACAUCAUGGCUUUGCACGAGAGAUCUAUUCUGCCCAGUCUGAGUGAGUGUUCUACUGACGAUGACGUGGCCAUGCAUCUGGUCAAACAUGCAGUGGACUUUGAGAAGUAUCUGCAGUACAUGGUGGGCCAAUCACAGGCAGAGGCCUGUGUCACUGACAAGACCAUCCAGCAGUACUUCAAGCAAAACACGGAAACACACCCUGAGCCCCCCGAAACUGCAGUCCUGGAUGUCAUCACCUUCUUACAGAGACCAGUGGAGAGGAUUCAGACCUACCAGGCCUUGCUCAAGGAACUGAUCAAGAACAAGGCUAAGUGUGCGAAAAGCUGUCUUCUACUGGAAGAUGCCUUCUCCAUGGUGUCCUGUCUGCCCUGGCGCUCUGACAACCUCCACCAGGUGUCUCUAAUUGAGAACUACCCUGCCCCACUCACUGCACUAGGAGAACCUGUCCGCCAGGGUCCUUUCACUGUGUGGGAGGAGUCUCCCGAGAUCAAGACGUCCUCCAGGGGCCACCAGAGGCAGGUGUUCCUCUUCAAGGACUGUGUCUUGCUGUGUAAGCUCAAGAGAGACCCUGGCAUGAACUCUGACACCUACGCCUUCAAGAACAAGAUGAAGCUGAAUGAUGUGGAGGUGAAGGAGACGGUGGGGGGAGAGGAGAAGUCCUGGGGGCUGUGGCACGAGCACCGGGGCUCAGUGAGGAGGUACACACUGCAGGGCCGCUCCGCCCUGCUCAAGCUGUCCUGGCUCAAAGACCUGAGAGAGCUGCAGCAACGCUCCAGCCUGACUGCCAGCAGUCCACCAGAGUUUGAAGUUCUCCUGGCUGACUGCACCACAAAGAUCGGGCAGACAAUCAAGCUGGCCUGCAAAGUCACAGGAACACCCAAACCAGUGGUCAGCUGGUUCCAAGAUGGCCUGGCCCUAGAGGAUGGCCCCCACCACAUCAUCACUGCAGACCGGGCGGGCACCUGCUGCCUCAUCAUGGAUGGGGUCACUCCCGAGGACUCUGGACAGUACUUGUGCUACGCUUCCAGCUCUGUGGGCCGUGCUAGCACACUGGCCAAGAUAGUGGUGGAUGCACCCCCCAGAUUCCUUACCAGGCUGCAGAGUGCAUGUCUGCUGGAGGGAGAGGACAUCAAGUUCAGCUGUUCCACACACAGUACUCCUUUACCCCGAGUCAGUUGGUUUAAGGAUGGCAGAGAGCUGACAGACCAGAGGAAGUACCACAUAGAGAGUGAUGCCCGCAGUGGGAUCCUCACGCUCACCAUCAUGAACCCUGGAGAGACAGACCUGGGACAGUAUAAGUGUGAGCUGUGGAACAAGUUGGGCAGUGCCAAGAGUAAAGCAGAGAUGUGCUCCGCCUUUGCACAAGUGAUGGACAGUGAGCCUGACCAACCACAGGCCAUCUUGAUCCAAGACUCCGACUCAGAGGGCUGGUCCACUGCCAUGGUGAAGCAAUGGCUGCAGACAGACUUCCACCCCACCUCUGUUGCCAAAAUGCUCUUCCAGCCUGGAUACCCUCAGCCCGCCGAGGGUAGCCAAGAGGAAAGGGACCCUACCGCCAGAGGACACGUGGAGGCUCCACAGUUCCCCACUGAGCUUGAGGAGAGACCGGAGGUUGAGGAGGAACUUUAUGUUCCUGAGGCCAUAGAGGAAAUGCCAACAGCUCCUCCCUCCAUCCAGGUGCCGGUGGAGGACCUGUGUGUGGAGCCUGGUCAAUCAGCUACCUUCACCAUCAUCAUCACAGGAAGGCCCACUCCCGAGAUUCAGUGGUACAAGGAUGGAGAGGAGCUGUUGGCCACUGAGAAUGUGGAGGUGGUCCAGAAUGGUGCCCGCUGCUCUCUGACUGUGCUGUGCCCGGAGAGUGAGGACGGUGGCAUCUACACCUGCUGGGCCUAUAACGACUUAGGACACACCUCCUGUCAGGCUCGGCUGACAGUGGAGGAGGGUCCACUGGAGUCGCAGGAGAGAGAGGUGGAGCUUGGGAAGAGGAGGAAGCUGCUGUCUGUGUAUGACGUCCAUGAGGAGAUUGGGAGGGGCACGUAUGGGGUGGUAAAGCGGGUUACCCACAGGAGGACGGGUGAGUGCUUUGCCGCCAAGUUCCUGCCCCUGAGGAGCAGUACGAGGACCAGGGCGUUCCAAGAGAGGGACCUGCUCUCCCGGCUGGCCCACCCCAGGGUGGCCUGUCUGCUGGACUUCUUCUCUACACGGAGGACCCUGGUCCUGGUCACCGAAGCCUGCUCUUCUCGCGGUCUCCUUGAUCAUUUGCUGUCGAAGGGAUCAGUCAGCGAGAGAGAGGUGCAGAUGUACAUUCAGCAAAUCCUGGAGGGAGUUGGUCAUAUCCACAGCAUGAACAUCCUACAUCUGGACAUCAAACCGGACAAUAUCCUGAUGGUGUUUCCACCCAGAGAGGAGAUCAAGAUCUGUGAUUUUGGCUUCUGUCAGGAGAUGGACACUUCCAGACACCAGUACAGCCAGUUUGGCACUCCUGAGUUUGUGGCCCCUGAGAUCAUACAUCAGGACCCCGUCACUAUAGCAAGUGACAUCUGGUCCAUUGGUGUUGUGGCCUAUUUAUGUCUGAUGUGCCGCUGUCCGUUCACGGGGGAGACGGACCGGGCCACUCUGAUGAGGGUGGGGGAGGGGACACUGAACUGGGACGCACCCGACCUCACCUACAGGAGCACCGGUGCCCAGGGCUUCCUCCGCACGGUCCUGCAGCCAGACCCAGUAAAGCGGCCAACUGCAUUUGAGUGUCUGGGGCACAAAUGGUUCCAGGGUGAACAUGAGGAUGAGACUGAUGAUAUCAAUACAAGGGCUCUGAAAGUCUUCAUCUCAAGGAGAAAAUGGCAGCGUUCUCUGACCUGCCUGGGCUCGGUGCUAAUCCUGAAGCCCAUCCCAGAGCUGCUGGAUGCCCCUCUUCGGGAGACCUCCAUCACAGCCCCCCGGGACCCCCAUGAGCCCAGCAGCACCUCCAUGAGCAGCGGCUCCUCCUCUGAGUACGACGAGGCCGAUGCCUGGGACUUUUUCCACCAUUGCACCACAGCUGACGAGGAUGAAGACGAGGAGGAGGAAGAAUUUGACCCCCUCAUGGAGAGAGCCAGGAUCCCUGAGCCCUUUGCCAAACUGAAAUUGGAGGAAGAGGAGGAGGGGACCAUGGAGGAGGAGGAGGAGGAGGAGGAGGAGAUGGGAGGACAGAUGAGAGUGCUGGAGAGGAGGCUAAGCAGGCAGUCUAUAGGGUCCUCGGAUGCGUCACAGCAGCCGACACCCCAGAGGGAGAGGAGGGUCAGCCGAGAAAGCAGCCCGUCCCUAUACCUCUCCGAAGGGGAUGAUGGCUCCGCGUCCGGGAGUGAAGGAGGCUGCAUCGCCAGGAGCAGCCUGAUCCGCAGCACUUUCUACAACAGCUCCGCUCAGCUCUCGCCCAUGUCCGCUCGCCACAUGACCCUCAGGGACAAGUUCCAGGCCAAGAAGCAGGAGAGGGGCCGCAAGCCACUCCGCAGAAGCCUCUCUAGCCGCCUCAACGAGCCUCUCAUUGAGUAUGUGGAGGACGAAGGCGAGACCAAUCACGGGCAAAGGCGAGGGUCUUUGCAGUCGUCCAUGCUCAAGUCCUGCUCCUUUGACAGCGGGGUCAGCCUCUCGCACAAUGCACCACCACAGAGGAGGAGCAAGUCGUUGGACGAAUACUCCCGACGCUCACCAGGAUCCGCCAAAUGUAGAGAAGAGGAGAGUGCUUUGAAUCUUAAGGAGGAUUUCACUGACAAGGAGGAAGAGAAGAGCUUGGACGUUUCCCCUCUCCAAGUGAGAGGUAGAAGAGGUUCAGUGGCAGUGGCUCCCAAACAGCUUACGGCCAGGCUUCAGGAACUAUGUGCAAAAUCGCCCCAUGCUGGUCCAGAGAAGAGCCUCAGGUCAGAGGAGGAGGCGGGGAACCUGGCUGGCUCUCAGUACUCCCUGGCUGAGUCCCUCAUCCUGGAGCAUGGCUCUGAGGGCUCCAGCAGGCUGGACUCUUGUGAGGAGCUGUCCCAUGGCUACCCUGCAGCCACACAAAGAGGGAGAGCAGGGGAUGAGUAUGAUGACCAGGAGGAGCCCCUGAUCACAACGUCCCCCUGCUCACUGCUCCAGGGGUCUGAGGCUGUGGAAGCUAAUAAGGAGCCCCAGUGCCGGAGCGGCCAACUUCAGAUCCCACCGAGAAGGACAACCCACCCCAACCAGAACCCAACGGCCAGAAAUAAUGGUAAGGUAGAGAAGACGAUCCUGCCGGUGAAACCCAGCCCCAGCCUGUCCUUCAAGGCCCCAGAGAGACCCUCGAGGGCCAGCGACACAGAGGCACGUCUCCAGAGGCACGAGUCCACCCCGGCCCUCCAGGCCAAACCGCCCUCGGGGAAGUCUCCCAGGAUGUCACCCAAGGUUGGGUUGAUGAAUCUGUUACGUAGGCAGUCCUGGGCGGGGCAUUCCUACUCACAACUGGAGGGCACAGAGCAGGGACCCACGCUAGGGGAAUUGGAGCCCAAAACCCCAACCAUGUCACUCAGGAAAAAGAUGAGGGCAUCAGCCUCUAGCCUCACCAAGCUGUUCACCAAAUCAUCCAGCAAGGAGGACUUAACGAAGGGAGGGCCGAUUGUAAAGGGUUCCUCUCCUGCUCCACCUGAGCAAAAGGCGAGCGCUGGCUUGGAGAGUGCUAAAAAGAAGUCCACAUUAUUUUCAUUUAAAAUACCUAAAAUACCUGCAUUCAAGAAGAACAAAGAGAUGCUCAUCCACCUGACCAGGCCUGAUGUGCACCAGUUGGAGGCAGGUGGAUUUCUGCUAGUAUGGAGACCAGUGCAGUCCAGGGACCAAGUGGUUUACUGUGUUCAGUACAGCACAGACGGUGGGGAGUGGAAGCUACUGUGCGAGGAGGUGACAGACAGUUGCUACGUAGUGAAGGACUUACUCAGAGGAGCAGGAUACGUAUUCAGGGUGGGCUGCAUCACCAAGAAGGGGGCAGGACCUUUCAGCGACCCUUCACCCCCUGUUGUUAUGGCAACCCAUCCUAAAGAGACCCACAUUCCCCUCAUCCAGACCGAGUACCCAGGAUCAAAGGGCAGUGGGUCAAGAGGUCAACCUAGCCACAAGACCUACAGCUUCCUCGCAGAGAUCAACAGGGGUCGUUUCAGCGUGGUGACCCAGUGUCAGGACGGCCAGAGCCAGCAGCUGUUUGCUGCCAAGAUCACUCCUUACAGGCCAGAAAAUAGAGCUCUGGUGCUCAGGGAGUACCAGCUGCUUAAGAAGCUCAACCACCCCCACCUGGUGCAGCUGCACACGGCCUACAUUACCCCCCACUGCCUGGUGCUCAUCCAGGAGCUGUGUGCUGGCAGAGAGCUGCUCUACAACCUGACAGAGAGAGAUCUUUAUGCUGAACUCCAUGUGGCAGAGCUGCUGGCUCAGAUCCUGGGUGCUGUGGACUACCUGCACAGCCGUCGCGUCGUCCACCUGGACCUCAAGUCGGACAACAUGCUGGUGACGGACCGCAACGUGCUGAAGAUCGUAGACCUGGGCUCCGCUCAGUCUUUCACACCCGGACAGACACUCAACAUAGAGGACAUUCCGGGACAAGAGAGAGAGACUCCAUCGAGCGCCUCUCCACAGACAACGGGCAGAAACAGAAUGGCAGAUGGGGUUUACAUUGUCCUUCCUAAAGCUCCAGAAAUCCUCGACGGACAAGGAGUCGGACCUGAGACCGACAUCUGGGCUAUUGGGGUUUUGGCUUUUAUAAUGUUGAGUGCAGAUAGCCCGUUCCAUUCAGACCUCAACUGGGAGAGGGACAGAAACAUCCGGAAGGGGAAGAUCCAGUUUGGCCGCUGCUACCCUGGUUUGUCAGAGGGAGCAAUCAACUUCAUAAAGAACACACUGAGCAUCAAGGCCUGGGAGAGACCGUCGGCGGCUGAGUGCCUCCAGAACCCGUGGGUACGAGGCGAGCGGGCCCCCUCCAAACACAGAGACUCCAUCUUGUGUUUCUCCACUGACAAGCUGCAGGCUUUCCUCACGGAGAGAGAGGUGAAACGAGACCAGGUCCGCACCAAGCUGCAAGGACCGUUCUUCCAAUAAUUACACUUCUCUCUGUUUAGAGUAGGGCUUGUAAGGACUUACACAUGAACUGGCGCUGGAUGACGUCUCUUCAUAGCCCAGAUCCUGAUCACAAAAUAUGUGACGUCUUACAAAUGUUGCCCUAAAAUGGAGAGUGGUCAAAUGUGUCCGUAUCAAUGGCUGCCUAUAGAGUUUUGUUAAAAGUUUGUCUGAAGGACUUAGACUUUGGCUUUGGUUGAAUGACAGCGCCAUGGUAUCAGGGAAAUGUUUAGUUAAAUGCUUCCUGCAAAUACUGUUGCAUGAGUUUGAAAACACGAUGAUAUUGAUGUGUAAAAUGCAUCAUCCCUUUGAGUUUGCAGCACUGGACACUAAAACACAUUUGACAUUUACAUUUGAGUCAUUUAGCAGACGCUCUCAUCCAGAGCGACUUACAGUUAGAUGUUUGUAAUAACAAAGGCUGUUGCAUCUCGCCAUUCAGACAAUGUUUGUGUUUUUUUGUUGUGAAUCUUAACAAUAUGUUUGCGGUUCAUUAGCCAAAGGGAAAGAUCAGAGGAGGAUGAUUCAUGUGCACAAAGCAUAGCAAGGGCCCCUACCAGAAUACGGCUUUGUCUCACAAAAGGAGGAACAUUGAAAUAUUUAUAUAUAAAUAUCGAUAGAUAUUUACACUACUGCAAUGUUUUCAACUGUCUUAUUGUUAUGUAUAAAUGCAGAAACAGAUUAUAUCAACGGAGAAUAAGAUCACGAGUACACUAAGCAUAUUUUUGAUGAUCCUUCGUUUGAUUUUGUGGCGUAUACCUUGUGACGGCUGACGGAUGUACCUGAAAGGCUAAUUAAACAGAAUGUCAGUGGUAA